AUGGAGCAAAUAUAUACAUUUACAAUUGAAUCGAAAAAGUAAAAUAUUGAUGCACUUACUGAAGAAUACUAAUAAGAAUUCAGAGCUAAUGCUGAUAAAUGUGAAAUUAUAAUUUUGAAAGGCAAUAGUUACUCAAAAUAAUUUUUCAAUUAAUUCUCAGAAUAUAUUACAACUGCAAAAGAAAUGCGGGUAAGAAAUAAUUAAUAAGUUAGAAAAUUAAUGCAAAUGAUAUUGUUGUAGGUAAAGGAAAAGAUGAAAUUCCUCAAUCUUUAUAAGUAUAAUAUAAAAUAAUCAGUAGAUAUUAGGAAAUAGUUUAAUAGGAUUAAAUAUAUUAAGUCUUGAUCUAUCUAAUAAUGCAUUAAUCCUUUUGGAGCUGAGGCAUUAAAACCUUUUCUUAAAUAAGCUCAUUAAUUAUAAAGACUUUUUCUAAAUAAUUGUGGUCUAGGAAUUAGAGGAGUAGCUUAGGUUUCAGAAGGAUUAUAAGAAGGAGAACAUAAUUUGUAAAUAUUAGCUAUAGCAAGGAAUAGAGCUGAAUGUGAUGGUGCUAUUGAAAUAUCAAAAGCAUUUCCAACAUGUAAAAAACUUAAAGAAUUACAUAUCUAUUAAAAUGGAAUCAAAUAAAUAGGCAUGAUUGAAUUGUUAGUAUCAUUAAAUAAAAACUGUACUGAAUUAACUACAAUUGAUAUCAGAGAUAAUUUUGUACAUGAACCAACUACUUAAGUAUUAAGUGAUCUUAUUACUAAUUGUAUUCAUUUAACAGCUAUCAAUAUAUCUGAUUGUAAUAUUUAAGGAAAAUAAAAUAAAUAAAUUUUAGAAGCAUUAACCAAAUUAAGGAAAUGAAUUGUAUUAGAUUAUCAAUUUGUAUUAUAAUCUCAGAAAUUGGAAUUGAAAGGAAAUGAAUUUAAAAAAACUACUAAAUAAAAGUUUAAGGAAUUAUUCUCAAAUAAAGAAAAAGUUCUUGGACCUUUUGACAGUGAUCAUGAAGAUGAAGAAGAAGCAG